UGAUGCAACUUUUUUGAGGUUAUGCUUGACAUUUGCAUCAAAUCUUCGACAUUAAAUUGCAUUUAGCGCAUGCGUAUGAGUUGCAGAGUUGUAAGCUUGAUUUACAGAGCACAGAGCAGCAAAAGGAAGAAAUAAAUAAUGAGCCAAAAUUCAAGAAGAAGCGACGCGACGUCGACGGGCGAAAACGAUAACAAUGCGGUAAAUGGCGAGGAGUCGGUGUCCUCGAUGACAAUAAUGACGGCGAGCCAGCAGCCGUCAAACGUAAACGGGGAAGGUGAGGAGUUCUCCGGGAACAGGUCGCCGUACAGUGAAUCCGCUGAAGACAAAGCCGACUCUGCGGGUGACAAGAAAUCCUUGAACGCGAGUACCAACAAUGUCACUCCGGUGAACAAGAACAAGUCGAAGAAGCGCAAAAAGACUCCCAGAGACGCGAAAGCACCCAAGCAACCGCUCACCGGGUACUUCAGGUUCUUAAAUGACAGGCGUGACAAAGUUCGCAAUGAAAAUCCUAACAUGUCAUUCGCGGACAUCACCAAGGCUCUGGCUGCUGAGUGGAGCUCGCUACCAGCUGAUCAGAAACAGCAGUAUCUGGUGGCUGCUGAGCAGGACAAGGAGAGGUACAACCGGGAGUACAGUAAUUACAAGCAGACUGAAGCUUAUCGGUCGUUUAGUGAGAAACAGACCAUGGAGAAGGUUAACGAUAAGAAGGUUGUUCCUGAUGCGCCGGCUACUGAUCAAAUUGAAAAUUUGUCGGAAAAAGACAAUGAUGGGUUCUCUGGAUUUGAUAUUCCGAUUUUCACUGAAGAGUUUCUUAAUCAUAAUAAAGCCUGUGAAUCCGAACUACGGCAACUACGAAAAGCAACAUCUGACUGUGAAUCUCAAAACGCAGUUCUCCAGAUUCACGUAGACAGCCUCCACGCAGCAGUAAAUCGACUAGAGUCAGAAACAAAUCAGCAACGAACCACGAACCAAUCUCUGCAGCGUCAUCUUGAUAUUCUACGAAAUCAAUUGGCCAGUUGUUUUGCUUCAGUCCCUCUCAAAGGAACACACGAUGGUGCCAAUUUACAAAAUAUCGACAGCUAUAUCGAGCGAUUAGAAUUUUUGUUUACCAGCGGCAGCAAUUCAGACACUUCAUUCCGAAACGCAGUGCAAAAUGCUAUUGCCCAAUUUGAUCUGAUAGGAUGACCUUCGUCUCCUUCCUCACCAGCACCGGCACUGCCUCCGCCAUCGUCACCCAAUGUCGCAACGACUAAUUCGAAACAUCGCUCGUCAAGGCACUUGCGAAAGUGAUGCGUUCAACGCAGUACAAAUAUUAUCUUAUCUACAUAACACCCAUUAAAUUACUAAUUUAAUUUUUUCACGUGUUCUGUGAGUUUACUCGAUAGAUCUCUGCAAAAUAAUAAUAAUAAUAAUAAUAUUAAUUAAUUAAA